AUGGUCAACUUCCAACUGGAAGACUUUGUCGCGGGCUGGAUCGGAGGUGCAGCCAGCGUCAUCGUCGGCCACCCUCUGGACACAGUCAAGGCUCGCCUGCAGGCCGGCUCUGGCUAUGGGAGCACCCUCAGCUGCAUCCGCACGGUGUACAGGAGGGAGAGUGUGUUUGGUUUCUUCAAGGGCAUGUCCUUCCCCCUUGCCAGCAUCGCCGUCUACAACUCGGUGGUGUUUGGGGUCUUCAGCAACACACAGAGGUUCCUCAGCCACCACCGGUGCCGGGAACCUGAGGCUGGCCCACCCCAUGUGCUGUCUGACCUGCUUCUGGCCAGCAUGGUGGCCGGCGUGGUCUCUGUUGGGCUGGGUGCACCCGUGGACCUCAUCAAGAUCCGGCUGCAGAUGCAAACACAGCCAUUUCAGGAAGCCAGCCUCAGUUUGAAGCCCAGAGUGGCAGCUCUUGGGGAUCAGCCAGCCUACCAGGGGCCUGUGCACUGCUUUGCAACCAUCGUGCGGACAGAAGGCCUGGCAGGGCUGUACCGGGGCGCCAGCGCCAUGCUGCUGAGGGACGUUCCAGGCUACUGCCUCUACUUCAUCCCCUACGUGUUCCUGAGCGACUGGAUCACGCCCGAGGCCUGCGCAGGCCCCAGCCCCUGUGCUGUGUGGCUGGCAGGCGGAAUGGCGGGAGCAAUUUCUUGGGGAACAGCAACCCCUAUGGACGUCGUGAAGAGCCGACUGCAAGCUGAUGGGGUUUAUGUAAACAAAUACAGAGGUGUCCUGGACUGUAUCUCCCAGAGUUAUCAGAAAGAAGGUCUUAAAGUGUUUUUCAGAGGCAUCACUGUCAACGCCGUGCGGGGCUUCCCCAUGAGCGCAGCCAUGUUCCUUGGGUACGAGCUCUCGCUGCAGGCGAUCCGUGGGGACCACGUGGUGACCAGCCCCUGA